ACCCACUCCCCGCUUUCGAUGGGUCGCGCGGAUAUCGUAAAAAGUCGUAUCAAGACAUUUUAUGUUUUGUUUCUCAUAUUAACUCAUAAUUGGCUCAACUCGAUUGCUGAACUGACAUUGUGUUUUUGAAAUAGAUCUAUGCAAAUGUAACUGCUCUAAACUAUACUUUUUAUCACACUCUUCAUCACAUGUACUGAAAACAGUGAUAAGUUUUAUUAACAUGGGAACUCUGUGUGGAUGGUCAGAUGGUCUUGUACUGAGCAUUAACAUCGACCCAACUUUUCAGGUGUAGAUAAUAUUACCUGUAUAGAAAAUGUCGGCCUCUUUGACAUUGAUUUCUCUGGGUUUUACUUUUUGGACAUUGAAUAUAGGAGAUUUUACCGUAUCAGGUACGGCUGAUGGGGACUUUGAUUACGAUGCUCUUCCAGGAACACAACACGAAUUCAAAGUACAAGUGAACGCCGGGAAAGAAGAAUGUUUUGCCCAAAAGGUGGCGCUUGGAGCAGUGUUCCACGUGCAGUAUGAAGUGUUGCGUGGUGGGGAUCGCGCUAUAGAUGUGGUUGUUAUUGACCCCGAUAUAAAAGUUACUGAACAUGAUGCAUCUAAAACAGAGGGACACAUAACAUUCAAAGCAACAAAAGAGGGAUAUUUUCAGGUGUGCCUGGACAACACACCUUACCGAUUUUCAGGUAAGCUUGUGUAUAUCUACAUAGUGACGUAUAUCAUGGAGGAAUGGGCACAGUACAUGGAAGAGAUACAAAGCGUUAGUUUGACAGCUCAGAACUUUUCUCGAUCGCUGACCGAAGUUCAGACCUCAAUAGAUGCAGUCAAAUUCCACCAAUCGGAGAGCCGAAUGCAUGUGAUACGGGACUGGUACUUAGCGACUGGAAAUAAUCAACACAUCAUGUAUUGGUCCAUCUUUCAGAUCAGUGUUAUCAUUGUGACGUCAUUCUUUCAAGUGUUCUGCCUUCGUCGAUUAUUUCGAACAACGGCAGUGACACCAACUUCCAAACCCAGGGCAUAACUUCAAUUUGCUAU